AUGGGAUCCCUAACAGUCGCUUCGUUUACAUUCAUUGUUCUUGUUGCAACAUUGCUCGUUCUCUUGCGACGACAGUUCCACCAACUCCGCGUCACGCACCGUCAGCGACUACUAGCGAGCCUGAAACUCGACAGCCAGACUGAGGAUGGAACAGAAGUGAUGAUUGCAGGGUUUAUGCACCCGUAUUGUAACGCUGGAGGCGGAGGAGAGCGCGUCUUGUGGGCAGCGAUUGCGUAUCUCCAGCGUACGCAACCAGAGGUGCUUUCCGUCGUCUAUACGGGAGACGUAGACCCCAAAACGUCAAAUCCAAUCACAAAGGACGAAAUCAUUCUACGGUGCAGGGAAAGAUUUGGUAUUCACCUCGACCCAAAGACACUUCACUUUGUCCAUCUGGAGAAGAGAUGGCUGAUUGCGGACGGAACGUGGAAGCGUUUUACACUGCUUGGACAAGGAAUCGGUGCUGCCGUACUUGCGUACGAAGCAAUGUCAAAGCUCGUCCCGGAUAUUUAUUUCGACACCCUAGGGCUUGCCUUUACGUAUCCCGUCGUUCGUCUUCUAAGUUCUGGUGACCCAAGUGGCAGGGUUCCAAUCGUAACCUAUACGCAUUACCCAACCAUAUCAGCCUCGAUGCUCAAACGCGUAUCAAAUCGAGAGACUACUUAUGCCAACGAUGCCAGCGUGACAGGGAGUGGGUUGCGCAGUACUCUCAAACUAAUAUAUUAUCGAUUAUUCUCAUAUCUUUAUACGUCGUGUCUACUCACAUCUCCUCCUACACUUAUAUCCGUCAACUCGUCCUGGACAAAUACUCAUAUUCAGGCCCUCCUAUCCACAAAGCAAAAUCGAUUAUCCCCGUUACUUGGAUCAAUAUUGGAACCUUUCACUCUUCUUCAAACGUUGAUUGGAUUCAACGCCCCAACGCCCGUCGGAAUCAACCAGCCUCCGCAAUCACAGGUUCAAAUCAAGGAUACGCACCAAGUGCGAACGAUAUUCCCUCCAUGCGAUGUAGAGUCUCUCAAAGGUUUUGACUUGGAACGUCGACAUCGAAUCAUCUUUAGCUGUGCGCAAUUUCGGCCAGAAAAGGAUCACGCACUGCAGAUCAAAGCGUUAGCUCGCCUCCUAGAAGAGCACCCCGAAUUGUCAGGAAAGCCACAAGAAUCAGAUCCUGAGGCAGACUCUCAGGCCGAGGCGGACCAGGAUGAUGAUGGUGUUCGCCUUGUGCUCCUGGGAAGUGCGAGGCAUGCGGACGAUCUUAAGCGGGUACAGACCCUACGCGACUUGACGAAGGAACUGGGAGUCGAGGGAGCGGGAUUGAUUCCGGUUGUCCAUGCUUCCGGAGGGCCAGUAAUGGAUAUUGUUGUGCCGUUUGAAGGGGAACCUACAGGAUUUCAUGCUGUCACCGUGGACGAGUUUGCGACGCAGCUACACAAGGCGCUUACGUUACCACCGGAAGAGGCUCUGGCUAUGCGAGAGCGUGCACGUCGAAGUAGCGAGCGGUUUUCAACGACUGCAUUUGAACGCGGAUUCGGUGCGCUGUGGGAGGACGUCCGGGAACUACUGUAG